AUGUACGGGAAGAACCAAGGUGACUACGGAGGAAGACCAGGCUAUGAAGCCCCUUACAGAGGCCCAGGCCCUGACGAUGAUUCUGGAUUCAGACGGCAACAAGCGAUGGACAGUUCUACAAGAAAUCCAGAAAGGCCGAAAUUCGCAAGACAACAAGCUAUGAAUGAAGUUACUCGAAAUCCGCCAGAUUUUGAUAAUAGAGGCCCAUCUCAAGGGAGACCGGACUAUGGAAGUCGAGACCCGAGAGGACCUGAAAAACCGUCUGAAUUUGGCAUGGCUAGAGACCCGUAUGACAACAGAAAUCCGCCAAUAAGAGAUAAUAGAGCACCCGCUAACAGUACAAAAGGCUAUGAUUUAAGAGUGCAGGGACCUGAUCCAUAUGAUAAUAAACAAGAUUAUUUGAAGCCUGGCUAUGAGCCUCAGCCUGGAGGACGAGAUGUUUAUGAUAAAAGACCUGAUCCAUAUGCAAAGCCUAGAGAUCCUUAUGAUGCACAAUUUGAUAAGCCAGGGCCGUAUGACCAGAAGCCAAGGGAUUUUGAUAGAAGGCCUGGGGAAAAUUAUGACACAAGGCAGCCUCCUUAUGAGGCAAAAAAACCAGGUUUUGAGAGACAAGGAGCUAUGAAUAGGGACCCACAAGGGUAUGACCCUUAUGCAAAAGAUGAUCCGAGAGGCCCUAAAAGAGACGAUUAUGGGGCGAAUAGACAAGGACCAGUUGAUGACCGAGGGUUCAAAAGAGAUGAGCCAGGGUUUUCUAGACAAGCUGCUAUAGAAGAUCCAAGAAGAAAUGAGCCAGGGUAUGGCAGACAAGCACCUAUAGAUCCUAGAAGGGAUGACCCAUAUGCAAGACAGCCUCCUAUUGAUGACCCUAGAAAUCCUAGAAGAGAUGAUCCAUAUGGAAGACAAGCCCCUGUUGACGACCCAAGAAAUCCAAGAAGGGAUGAUCCAUAUGCACGAAAUCCUACACCAAAAAGAGAUGACCCAUAUGCACGACCUCCUAUUGAUGACCCUAGAAAUCCUAGAAGAGAUGACCCUUAUGCGAGACAAGCUCCUGUUGACGACCCCAGAAAUCCUCGAAGGGACGACCCAUAUGCACGACAGCCUGACCUAAAAAGAGAUGACCCAUAUGCACGACCUCCUACUGACGAUCCUAGAAACCCUAGAAGAGAUGACCCUUAUGCAAGACAAGCUCCUAUUGACGACCCCAGAAAUCCUCGUAGAGAUGACCCAUAUGCACGACCUCCUAUUGACGACCCCAGAAAUCCUCGUAAAGAUGACCCAUAUGCACGGCCUCCUAUUGACGACCGCAAAAAUCCUGAUCCUCGCUACGAUCCCAAAUAUCCUCCAAAAGAAGACCCAAGAUACCCUCCACCAGACAACCGCAGAGACAACACGCCUUCAUCCUAUACCAACCGGCCUCAAGAUCCCAGACAACCCCAAGGCUACGAUACUCCUAAAGGCCAAUAUAAUGUUCCCAAAGUCGACCCCAUCUGAAAAGACAACUGUUAUAGAAACAUCGCCUCAAUUAUAGAAGAACGAAAAAUCAGAAUCGAUGACGUUUUUUCUCGAUAUGACCCUCAGAGGACUAAUAAAAUCCGAAUGGCAGAUUUCCAGAGAGGAUUAAGCACUAUAGCUCCUCGACUUACAGCUGAUGAAGCUUUAAUGCUUGGUGAUGAAUAUGAUGUUAGACAUGAAGGAUUAGUUAAUUAUCAGUCAUUCAUUAAUGCAGUAGAUGCUGCUAUUGAUAAAAGAAAAUCGUAUAAUCAGACAAUUGAGAGAUUAGGAAAACAUUGUAUGGACAAAUCGCUGAAUUUUGAAGAAAAACUGAAAGAAGUGGACCCAAGAAAUAUGAAAAAACUGACAAAAGAGGAUUUUCUGGCGUUUUUGAAUAGGAUUGGGUUUACAAUGCCGCCUAUUGAAUCGAAUACCUUGAUUUCUGAGCUACCGAAGGACAAAGAUUUGCUAGAUUUGAAUGAUUUGGUUAGGAGACUUCCAAAGCCAAAAACUACUAUAAAUCUUGAGGCGGUUUUCCAAAAAAUAAAGUCAUAUAUACAGUCUCGCAGGAUAACUGUUUCUCAAGCUGUCAAUGAGUUUGACAAAAACCAUGAUGGCAGUUUAAGCCCUUAUGAGCUUUCACAAGCGCUAACUCAAAUGGGGAUCACCGGUUUAUCAGCUGACGACAUAACACUUGUUGUGCAGGAGCUUGAUAAAAAUAAAGAUGGAAAAAUUUCAUUAUCUGAGUUCUCAGAAAGAAUUGGAAUGCCAAUUGACCAAAUUCAAACGUCAGUCACUCAAGAUUUCUUUAAUCCUCACUUUUCAAUAAUAUUUUUUUUAUUAUCCAAAAAUAUUAUUUUUAAUAAAAACAUUUUAAAAAAGUUAGAAAAAUUUCAACUUUUCUCAAAAAUCGUGGCCAAACUUUAAUUGAGUUUUUCAAAGAAUAUGAUACUGAUAAAAGCAAUUCUAUUGACAGACAUGAAUUUGAUAGAAUGAUUGCAUUAAUGAGAAUCGAGCUCGACCCUAUUGACAUAGACCGUCUAUUCAUUGAAAUUGAUGUCAACAGGACUGGGAAUAUCACUUUUAUGCAGUUUAUGAAUAAAUUUGAAAACAUGAUCGGAGUUAUUGAGAAAAAAGAUGAGGCGAAUAAAGAAAAAAUCAAGCAAGCAUUAAAAGGGAAAAAGCCUGGAGAAGUGUUCAAGCUAGUAUAUGACCAAGCUGCAGGCGAACAAACCAUUCCUUUGCGUGAGUUCAAGCAAGGUCUUGAUUUUUUAGGCUGCUAUAUGACAAAGCAAGACUUAGAUUAUAUCGUCCAAGAGUUCGACAAAGGAAAAGGCUAUGUCUCCCUCCGCGAUUUCGCUCCAUAUUUUGACCAACCAAUUGCUAACCAGCCUCAAAAAAUCGAUGUCUCCGCCUAUCAAUCUCCACCAACCCCUUCCAACAAGCACUGGGCUGAAAAAUAUUUUUCCCAGAUCCGCGACUAUGCUACAAGAAACCGCUGCACUAUAAGAGAAGCUUUUACCCCAUACUGUCCUGACAGAAAUGGAAAAAUGACAAAUGAAGAGCUAUCAAAUGCUUUAAAUAUGCUAACUAUGGACAUAAGUGCCCAAGAAAUCGACAGACUUGGCAGAGAGCUGAGAAGGGAUGGAAGAGUGAGCAUUGCUGACAUAUCAGCCUUGGUAGAAGGCAAAGAAAUCAAUACCUCUGAACAAAUAAUAGAAGACAUGAAAGGCUUUUUUGAAAGGACAGGGAAAAAAAUAGAAGAGGUGUUCAGGGUGGAUUCUAAUGAAAAUAUAUACAGACCUGACCUUGUAGAAGGGCUAAAAAUUAUGAAUAUCCAAGUAAACCCUAACAGUUUGCUAGAUUUGAUUCAUUUGUUAAAUCCAGACGCAAAAGAGUUAAAUAUCUCAAAUCCAACACUGCAGAAAGUAACAAAAAGAGCUUUGAUUAAUAAAUUAAGACUAAGAGAACCUACUGUCCCUACUUCACCGAAAAUUUCUGCAAGAAAUAUUGAAGAAAGGCUGAAAAAAGAAAUUUUUGAACAUAUGGCAGAAUUUGUUAACAAAAAUUCACUGAAUUUGGAAAAAAAUGUGUUUGCGAGGUAUGAUAAGUAUGGAACUAAUAGGGUUUCUAGUGACCAGUUCACUGAAAUUUGCCAUUAUUUGACAGAAAGAGCUAUAUCUCCAGAGCAGCUGAAAUUAAUAAUUGAUGAAUUUGACCCUUCAAAGACAGGACAAAUCAGCUAUCAAGCAUUUAUAGGGAAAAUUGAAGAUACAGUGAUACAAAUUUCAUUUGUGGACAAACUGAUACAAAGAAUAAAGAAUGAGACAGCUGAUAAGAGGAUUAAUUUGCAACAAGUAUUUGCAGGGCUUGAUCCAAGUACAACAGGGUAUGUUACAUUUGAUGAUUUUAUGAGCGUUUUUACAAGAAACCAGAUUACGAUUCUUAAAGAUGAUUUGAGUCGGCUCUGUGCAAGCUUUGAUCAUGAUGCCCAAGGAAGAAUUUCGUAUCAUGAUUUGUUAGGCCGCUUGACAAAGCUUAAUGAUUCUUAUCAAAUGAAUAAUUAAUAUGGUGAUGCGACGAAAAAUGUCCUGACGGAGGUCGCACCACUCCAGGCGCAAAAAUGGCUUUACAGCCUAAACCAAGGUUCAGAUUCUUUAAUUCUAACCCUUAGCGUGCCUAGUGCAGCCGUAUGGGGUGGGUAAACCUUGGGAGUCAGCUGUGGCCGUUUCCAGUCUGAAGUUUUCAUUAUCCGGAUGGUUUUUGGCUACGGGUUCUUUCCCUACCGGUUCCGGAGGGCUAUAGCGUUUUUACCUGACGUCAGGAUGGACGACAGGAGGCAUCGGGCUAACCUUUGCCUCCACAGCAGCUUAAUGACGUGAAGCACAGAGGAGUCUUUCUAACGUCGAUACUUAGGGAUGACGGUGCAAGCCCCAGAUCCCUCGAGAAGAUCACUGGAGACUCCAGCAAGCAGGUUCUUUUGGUCGAAGCGUGCGGAGGCAUCAAAUCUGGAAGACUUUAAGCCCUUUAAUCUUAAUCUUAUCAAAUGACUGGAGGAAUGGUAACUCAGUCAACAUAUGGAACGUCUGAUCCUUAUCAAAGGCAAGACCAAUAUGCAAAAACAUAUGGGAAUGAUAACUUGGCAAACCCAAGCCAGAAUUUAGCAGCUCCUUAUGAUCCUCCAAAGCCUUACCAAGAUUACGGAGACCGUAAUGCUCCAUUGACUAGACAGCAGCCACUUGAUAAAUUCCAAGCUGAUCCUUAUAGACCUCAGAAUUUCUCAGCUGGAACUCCAAAAGAUGACCCUAGAUUUCCAUCGCAGACAUAUGACUCGAGAUUUCCAGCUCAAACACCAACACAAAGAGGACCAGAUUUAAGAUUCCCUACACAGCCUUAUGAUAAUCGAUUCCCUGACUCUCGCCCACAAGAUCCUCAAUUCUCCCAACCUCCUUAUCAAUCUCAACCAGAUCCCAGAUAUCCUUCCCAAUCCUCUAAUAGAAUUCCUCCUCAUUGGGCUGAUCGUUAUUUUGAAAUAAUCCGUAACUACAUGAGCCAAAAACGUCUAACUCCCCCUCUUUGAGCGAAGAAAAUCCAUUGGAAAAGUUCCCUCCGUGAGCAAGCAAUAAAUUUUUAUGAAAAAAAUAUUUUAUAUAUAAGUGAUAAUUAUUAUAAUGAAAUCUCUAGCUAAUUCUGUUUAAUUUUAAACAGCUUGCAUUUCAAAACAUAAAUUUUACAAAUUUAAAUUAAUAUUUGCUUUCCAAUUUUUGCGAUUGGGAUUUUAUUUAAAUUUCGAAAAAAAAUUAACCCCUAUGUUAGCAAACAAAAUUUUUUUAUUCACUCACAGAAGGGGGAUUAAGUAUCAAAGACAUGUUUACAGAAUUCGACAUAGACCGAUCCAACUCAAUUUCCCCAUUUGAGUUUUCCCAAGUUCUCCAAAGAAUGGGCGUGCAAUUAUCUCAGACUGAGCUACAGAAUUUAAUGAACGAGCUCGACUCUAAUAAAGAUGGAAGAAUUUCAGCCCCUCGCUUUCACGUGAUGCUAAGUACUAAAGCCAUUCACACCCUUUCCUUCAACGUCACCAUAAUGGUGAUGCCGUCAGUCUAAUGGAGAGACUCAUUAUAACUGAAUUUGAAAGAAUUCUUGGAACGAAGACAACUGAUGCGUGGGCUGAUUAGAUUAGAUUAAAUUUGGGUGAGGUAUAAACUGGCCAUCAUUUCAGGACCUCCGUCCGUCUAAAGUUAGCAUCAAGUUUAUUGGCACAAGUACUAGCUCCACCUAGUGCCAUUGUUCAAUCCAACCACCAAAAAUUGGUACGUGGGUCGUCUAUCAGAGUUCUUAACAGGCUAGACUUGUACCUUGUCAGCGUACACAAGUUCCUCUACGACUUGGUGGGACUAUAGAUGAUUAACUGGUGCUCCUUCUCUCCCAAGCUCAUAUCUAAAGUUCCCGCAUUAUCCAUUGCAUUAUUCGGUUGGAAGUGGCUGGGAAAAAAAGGGUUCCUAAGUCCCAGGACACUCACUCCAGACAUCUAACUUCGAUUGGUCUCACCCUCCAUAGGCCCUAGUCAGCCAACAGUUCACCACGGACCUAUCAGAAUAUAGCAUUUAAUUAAGUAUAUAUGCGGGCUGAAGAAGUGCUAAAAGAGAUAAGGGAAGCCGUGAAAAUAAGCAGGUCAAAUUUAAGAGAGCUGUUUUAUAGAGCUGAUAGAGAUAGGAAUAACUUUUUAAGUUACCAAGAAUUUAUGGCAGCAAUUGUUGAUAUCUAUCCAAGACUUACCCGAAGUGAUAUGGAAAGAUUAGCUAAAUACAUGGAUAUUGAUAAUGAUGGAAGAAUUUAUUACCCUGAGUUUACAGCCAAGCUUGAGCAAGAAUUUGUAUCCUUUAUCAGUCUAAUUUGUAUUUUAUCUAAAUUUAUAAUAACUAGUCUACAAAUACAAAGCAGCACAGCAUAGAGUCAAUAAAUGCAAAAGUCAGCGACUUUAUCAAAGCUAACAACAUAAGACUAGAUGAAAUCUUCAGCAGGCUAGACUACACAGGUGACAAAUGCAUCCACAUAAACCAAAUGAUCCAAGCCCUUGACUCUUUAAGACUUCCUCUUGCUCCAAAUGAGCUUACAGCAUUGGUCACAGAAAACUCCUUACAUAGAACAAGAGACAAUAGACUCAGCUAUGUCGAUUUAAUAGAGCGCGUAACAGCAAAAAAGACUGGGACUGACUUAAUUUAUAGCAAAAUUAAAGACGUUUGGGAUUUACGAUCUCUUAAUGUAGAGGAGCACUUUAGACAAUAUGAUCUCUAUAAUGAUUUUACAGCUUUUCCUAAUAUUUUAUAUGAAGCUAUAUCAAAAUCAGGGGCGAAUUUAAGCACUGAAGAAUAUAAUCAGCUGCUACAGGCACUGCCUAAAACAAGAGAUGGAAGGAUUCCAAUGAGGGAACUUAUUAAUAGGAUUGUGGGAGGAGGCUCUGAGUAUUCAGUAAAUGUGUAUCAGAAAAUAAGAAGAGCUGCAGAGCUGAAAAGGGUUAAUUUGUUAGACGCGAUGAGAGAUUAUGAUACUUAUGGAGAUAAAAUGAUAUCAAAAGCCCACUUCAAGACUGUUUGUGACUCAUCACAAAUACAAAUAGCUGACCGUGAAUUAGAUGCAAUUUGGGCUGAUCUCGACAAAACAAAAUCUGGGCUUAUAAACUAUGAAGAGCUUUUCCAAAAAAUAGUUCCCCACUUAACCAGCCUCCCUCCAUCAGCCCCUCGUCUUCCUCCUUCUCAGCAAGCUAUGGCUCCUCCACCUCCUCAUUGGGCCCAGCAAUAUCUAAACCAAGUCAAAGACUACAUAAAAACCCGCAACAUGACCUUAAAACAAGUUUUCAGUAAAUUUGACUCUGAUAUGAGCAACAGUGUUUCUCCACAAGAAUUCCAAUAUGCAAUGCAGUCUAUUAAUGUAAAUAUGCCUCCUAAAGAAAUGCAAAAACUUAUCAAUGAGCUGGACAUUCACAAGGAUGGGGUUAUAUCAUUAACUGAGUUUGAAGGAUUAUUCCCUGAGAUUGCUCAAGAAGAAAAACAUAUGACGAGGCUGCUUUUUCAGAUUAGGAGCUCAAUAGUUACACAUAAUUUAGAUACAAAAACUAUUUUUUCAAUGAAAGAUAGGGAGUUUCUUGGAUAUAUACAAAUUUUUGAGUUUAUUGACUGUAUAAAGCAAAUUUGUCCAGAAAUUUCUCCGAUUGAUUUAAGGAAGCUUUCAUAAAUAAAAUGGCAUUCGGUUCGAGAGAAAUUAGCUCUGCUAAUUUUCUCUCCCUCAUGGAAUUUUAUUUAUAGGGUUAGGUUUUCACUCGAGAACUUCUGGACAGCAAUAGCGGUUUAACUCUGGGGAUAACCAGAGGAACUGCUCCUCAGUCCUCUCAAGAUUUCGGGGUUUUACCUCUCAGCACAUCUCCACGGGAAGAUGACCCUUAGGCGGAACACGCGCAGGAGCUGAGUCGAGACAAGGGCGACGGCAUCGCGCCGGGUGAGACGUGCAGCAAGACUGGUGAAGCAGGAGUUGAUAGAAGGCUUGCCAGGGCUUACCUGUUCCAAGAUGGCUCGCCUACGUCACUAGUUUUGCCAUAGGUCCUUUUGGGCUGCGGCACUAGACACCUUAAACACCAGAUAAUUAAGUAAGUAAGAUUUAAGGAAGCUUUCAGAUAAUUUUGGAAAGGAAGGAAAAGUUUAUUAUAAUGAAUUUAUAAGGAAAUUAGAUGAAGAUAAGGUCGGGAUGGUGAACCUUAAGGUAAGAGAAGCUAUAAUGUCAAGAAGAAUUUCAAUGGCCCAAGUCUUUCAGCCAUACGACCAAGGUGACCAUUAUGUGGCAGCACGUGAUAUUCGUAGAGCUUUAGACACUUUAAACCUUCCCAUCUCUCCAGAAGAGCUUACCUCUCUUGUUCAUGAUAACAAUUUAUCUAAAAGUCAAGACGGCCGCUUAUCUCUAAGAGACUUAAUUUCUAGAAUCGGGAUCAGAGAAAUCUUGCCAGACCCCAAGCCAACUCUUUCUCAAAUUUGUGAAAAAAUCCGAAAAGAAUGGGACCAGCUGCGAGUCAACCCUGCCCAAGUUUUCAGUGCAUUUGACUAUGAUGGAGACAUGCAUUUAACAAAGGCAAAUUUCAAUCAAGCUUUUAUCCACAAUAAUACGCCUUUGAAUGCUCAAGAGCUUGAUGCUAUUUGGGAAGGAAUUAAUAAGCUUCCUGAUGGCAGAGGCUCUGCUCAGCAUUUAAUUAGUCUCAUUAUGAGGCAGGAAUCCCCUAAUCAGUCUGUUUUUCUAAAAAUCGGCUCUAUUGCUGAACAAAGAAGAAUAAACCUCGGAAAUUUGUUUGCUAAAUAUGACGCAGAUAUGGAUAAAAAAAUAACAAGGCCAGAGCUUGAAAAAGCACUUAUGGAAAUCAGGGUUGGGCUCACUGAAUUCGAAUAUCGAGCCAUUUUUGCUGAGCUUGAUAGAAAUAGAGAAGGAAAAAUUUUAAUCCCAGAGCUAGUUAGCACUAUUAUGAAAAAGCCAGUCCCUGUUGAUACAAUGGAACUGCAAUGGGCAGGACCAAUAUUAAACAGAAUAAGAGAAUCACUUGCAGCUAUGAGAAUGGACUGCUUACAGUACUUCAGACGCUAUAAUAUAGAUCCACAAGGUAUGAUGAAUAUCAAAGACUUCAGAGAUGCUUUAUUCAAACUAGGCGUAGACCCUGCAUCAAUUGAAGGCCAGAGGCUGGUAAACCAAUUUUCAAUUCAAAAUCAAGGAAAAGCAAAUUAUGCUGACUUUGAAUGGGCAGUCAAAAAUAUAAGGUCAGUUGGGAUCCAGCCACCAGCUCCACAAUAUAGAAUCCUCACACAAACAGCUUUAGACCAUCUUUACCAAUGCCUUGAUUUCAUAGGAGACUGCAUUAAAAAAGAUUUUGGAAAGGUAGAAAAUUUAACUAGAAAAGUAGACCCAAGAAAUACAGGGUUUUUUACCUUUGAAGAUCUCAAAAGAAUUAUUGCCCAGGAGCUGAAGACUCCUUCAGAAGAGGAUGUUUUUCAAGGUUUGUGCCUUUUAUUGGAUGAUGGGAGCGGGAAAAUUCCGAAUAUUAGGUUUGGAGAUGCUGUGUCUGGAGUAAGAAUUGAGCAAGUUAAAAAGGACCCAAGAGCAAUAAAUCAAAGAAAUUCUCUUCCUGCAGGAGGCAUGAAUCCAAAUACACUUGUACCUCCAAAUAUGCAACAGCCACCAGGAAUGCUGCAAAGAGCUAUAACUGCUCAGGGCCCCAGCCCAGGCCAAUUCCAAGUCCAACAAGUAUCAGGGACUUUUUCACAAGGUCCUCCAGGAAAUCAGCCUCAAAAUCCAAGCCUUGUUAAAUUUGAUACAAUAUUUUAAAUAAAUAGAAAAAAAAAUAUUUAAUCCAUAAAAAAUGCUAAUUAAUUCAAAAAAUAAUAUGUUUUUAAAGCAAAACAAUAUGACAAUAGUAAAUCUAUUUGGAAGGUCAUCAGGAAUAAUCCUCCGUGACGUUUUCUUGCAAUGUCUAAGAAACCAAAACGUUCCUUUAACACAAGAAGAUGUAGAAUUCCUCUUAAAAAUUUCAGCUGAUGCUCAAGAUCCUAAUAAGACUGAUUUAGAUAAGCUAAAUCAAGCUUUAAGACAAACUCAGACAAGGCCUGAUAUUCGGUCAAAUCUCCGGCCACCACAGCCAAAUACCCCAAGUCGCCCCCAAAUGAAUAACUCUAGACAGCAAAUGCCAUCAAGCUCAAAUCCUACAAUUUUAAGAUUAAAUGACGAGCUGGUUAGAGCAGGACUUUCUGCUGAAGAAGUCUUUGAAAGAUACGACAUUGACCAAGAUGGAAUUCUCAAUAAAGAAGAAUUCCUCAAAGCCUGCACUGAUUUUGGCUUUAGCGUAGACAGACUUGCUUUGGAAGAAGUUUUCAACCUAAUUGAUAUUUCCAAAAAUGGUCAAAUCUCUAUCAAUGAAUUUGCAAUGCAAGUUCCUGGAGCACGAAUUCAGAAUGACCAAAGAGUCCGAAACUUAGACUUAGGCCAGCAAUUUGACGCAGAAAUUAAUGAGCUUUUUAAGAUGCUGGACAUUGAUAAAGAUGGAUUUUUGAAUUAUAAUGAAAUUACGCAAGGCUUAAAAGCAUAUUGUAUAGUCCCCAAUGGUCAACAGCUUAAAGAUAUGAUGAGAAGAAUUGACACAAACCAAAACGGGAAAAUCGAAUGGCAAGAAUUCAAAGGGUUUAUGGAAGAAAUGAUAAAGAAAAAUAUCAUGGAACAAGAAGACGAACUUCAAGAUAUGCGCCAAAAAUUUCAGCAAGCUGAUUUUAUGAAGCUAGGCUACUUAACUACUCCUCAGCUACUGUCAGUUUUCCAGCAAAUGGGCUGCGAUAUCACAGAAGAAGAGCUUUCUCACCUUGUCGCUCUUGCUGAUACAAAUCAUGAUGGAAAAAUUGAUAUAGCCCAUACCUCUAUAUAGAUUUCUUUAUAGAGCAAAAUGUAAUAGACAGUUGAAGGACCAAAACAGACUCUAUCAAAGGACAACCUGGAUCUCUAUUGCAGGAAGGGUUAAAAAUGGCAUGCCAAUUUUUUUGAAAAGUUUGAACCAUUUUGACAAUUAAACCAGCCAACUUCUAAAGCAUCUAUAUUAUAAGUAUUAAUUUUUAUUUAAGAUCCCUUUUGGACUGAAACUGAUAAGUAUCUUAUCUACCAUUUCCUGCUUCCUAUAGAAUUAAGGUUCAAUCAAGUAAAUGAUAUUAAAUUCAGUGUACAUACUCAUUAUAAAACGGUUUCUUUUGAAGACGCUCAAAUAUUUUAAUUAUUUAAUAUUCACAAAAAUUGAAAUUGAAAGCUGAUAAAGAUGUUUUUUAUAGUCUUUAUCUUUUAAAUAACUAAUAAAAACAUUCAAUUAUAUCUUUUGAUAAAAUUAGAUUAUUUUUUAUGAGCACUAAAAUAAUGUAAAUAUUUGUCAUUCUUAACUUUUAUAAUAAUUAUGUACUUUAAAUUUGUACUUAUUUCUUGCUUUACUUAAAUUCUAUAGUAAGCUAUUUAUCAGCGCCAACCUAAAAGGUAUCUUAAAUUUAGAAUUAAUUUAAUAAUAAAGCCAUUUUAAAAAAUUGCCGCAUUUAUUGUCAACUUUGUUCAGACUUGCCAACCAUUUUUUGAAUGGCACGUUUUAACCUUUCUGAUAUAGAGAUCCAGCUUGUCUCUUUGACAGAGUCUGUCUUAGCCAUUCAAUUGUCUAUUGCAUUUUUCUCGAUAAAGAAAUCUAUAUAGGGGUAUAGGCUAUAUUGAUGAAUUUAUGCUAAUUAUGGUUGGCGGAAACCCUGAAGUUUACAAUAACGACAAAGCAAGUGCUGUGCUUUUUAAUAUCAGAAAAGCAAGAAAUAUCAAUCCUCUUGAUUUUCUUAAAGCAUUUUCAGGAAUGCCAAAGCAUUUUAUCCCAUCUUUUAUAGCAGAAAGACACAAAUUAAAGAAAAACUUACCAUCAACCGGCAUAACUCCAGCUUUAGAUGCUUCAGGGAUCCAAUUUAGAGAUAUCAGCAACACAGUGACUCAGUCUAAGCUCCAGUCAGCUACACAUCUAAAACAAAAUGAAAUAGAAGCCGGAGGCUAUAUCAUUAUGAAUAGGGCUUCUGGAAUUUCUAUCCCAGACGCCUCAAUUGUGGCUAGGGCUAAUAUUUUGCGCAGGGUUGUAAGAAUAGCCUCUUGGCAUACUGAUAAAAUGGAUUUCAUAGGAAAUACUUGUCAUGUAGAAGCUCAAUGGCGUGAAGAUAUAGAAGACAGAUGGGCUUUUGAGCUUCCCCAAGACAAAGAAUACAACUUUAUAGCUGCCAGAAUCGGAAAAGGCUAUGACCCCUCAAAGGUAUUUUUAAUCUUUGAAUUUAUCAUCAUAAUGCUAAAAGACCAAAAUUCAGUAGAAUUUUCCUGUGGGUUUUCACAGAUUUCCUACCAAAAUUUAAUGCUGAGAACUGACCAUAGAAUUCCUAUACAAGGAGGCAGCCCAGGAAAUCUGCAAGAAGUGUCGACUGAAGAUAUAAGGACUUAUAGGAAAGGAUGGAGACAUUUGUUGAAAAUGACAGGGCUGAGCUCGGUAAGGUCUGAAUUAAUGCUAGAAUUUAGACAGUUUAGAAGACUAAAUAUACCAGAACAAGGGUUAUUGGAAAGUCUUCCUAAUGUAUGUGUAGCAAAUAAAGGAGGGCUACAGAUGAUAAAUAUAUAUAGAGAAUAUGUCGCAAACUUGUUUUCACAGAAAACUGGACAGGAUUUUAUACUCCCCAACGUAGCUGAUCCAUUUUUGACACAGUUCCCAAGGAUAAUGGAUUGCCCUGAUACCUGGAUGCCACUUAUGCAGCACUGGAAUAGUGUGGAGUUUAAUAGAGCUAUGGGAGCUGCAAGAGAUUUGAGCCAAUAUCAUAUACAAUUGAUAAACCUUGUGAAGAAGCUGUAUACCAUAAUAAAAACUGAAGAAUUUGCUGUAGAUGAUUAUAGAGAUUUCCUUUAAGUUGCCCAUCACAGUUUAUUUGUGCAUUUUUUCUUAUAAAAAUCUAUAAUUAUUGAGAAUUAGUAUAUCAAUCUACAAAAUUCUCUUAUGGAAUUGUGACUAACAGAGUUGAGCUAUACUCGAAGCGGCAAGAACUUGUAUGGAAAGCUAUUAGAGGGGAGCCUGAUAAGCAAGCAGCUUAUAAUUAUAAACCUUUUGAUGUGGUAGAACUGUCAUCAAAGACGCUAAUAGAUAUUGAUUUUAUUGCAAGCAGAAAAAUCAGAAAUAUGUCAAGAGGAGGUCUUCAAGAUAGCAGAGGACUGAAUCGGUCUAUGCAAGAGCUCGGGAAGAGAUCGACUGCUCAAGAUGGGCUAAGUCAACAGACACCAACUGGUGGGCAAGGAGACACCAGGCUGCAAAGAUCAAGAGUAUCAUUUAAAUAA